UGGUGGGUAUGUGGCAUAAUGGGGCUGCAGGUUUUUUCUGACCCCCCUACUACUACUGGUGGGUACACGGUUAAAAGAGAGACAGCCCCCAUUCCGGUCAAAGCAUAAUUUUGUAGUAGUAUCUGAAAGCAUGUCACCGGAAGAAACAGGAUGCAAGUCGUCACCGCUGGACAAACCUCUGUAUCAACUUACUGAAGAUGACAUUUCUCAACUCACUCGUGAAGAUUGCCGCUGUUACCUCAAACAAAAAGGGAUGAGAAGGCCGUCAUGGAAUAAAUCACAGGCGAUUCAGCAAGUCAUAUCUCUCAAGGCUCUCUUCGAGACGACGCCAGAUACAGACGCCGGAACUGGGAAGACCUCCGAUAUUCAUGUACAAUGUGUCCAGAGAGGGAAAGAUACUGCUGCAGAACUUUCUGAAUCGGCUGAAGAGACGGUGCCUGAUGGAAAAAAACAACAGGGAAAACCUGAUAUUUCCGGUCAUAUAACUGCCCCUCCGGUCACUGCUGUUGAUAAGUCAGCUCCUUCUAGAACAAUAGGAUCAGCAGAUACACCAGCAGGUCAAAUGAUAAUCUUCUACAGUGGCAAGGUGAAUGUCUAUGAUGAUGUGCCUGCCAACAAGGCACAAACAAUCAUGUGUCUUGCUUCAGGCCCCCAUUGUAUGCCUUCAGAAGCUCCAUCAAAUGCUACUCUAGCAGCUCGACAUUCAGCAUGCUGCUUACAAGCUGCAAAUACUAAACUACGCCCAGAUUCGGAUAUGGUACCGACUAUUCAAACAGUGAAAAUGAGUGAAGUUGCUCGAAUGCCUGUAGAAGAAAGCAACAGCUUAAAUGAUGACAAUCCCGAAGCAGUGGAGAGUCCAGCAAGCGGGAAAGCAUCAGUACAAAGAUAUCUUGAGAAGCGAAAAGACAGACUAUCUACUGCACCUACAGCAAGUUGUCCUGUACAAGAGAAUAUUCAGAUGAAUCCCACUUUUUCUAGUGGUAUCAAUGAUAGAGAGUUUACAAUGGUAGGAGAAAAGGUAGCACUUCUCUUUGGAGCAUUUCUUUGUUCGAGUUAUGCUUAUGAGGUCUCAGUAUCCUGUAUGAUGGCUUACGAUGAAGGCGGUGCGUCAGCAGUUUUCAACUCGCCUGAAUGUCCUCGGUGGGAUUUUUCUGCUGCUGUUAACAAUGAAACAGAUGACUGCCUAGUAGCGACACAUCAGGGGCGUAGGAAAUACCAAGAAGAUCGUAUUAGAUGCUAUCCGCAUGUUACUGUUCCUGUUUUAGGUGAAGAUGGGCCUAAUGAAGCUGGUGUGGGUAUAGCAGCAGUGUUUGAUGGACAUGGAGGCAAGGAAGCAAGUGAGAUGGCUUCUCAAAAGUUUUUAGAUUACUUUUUAUUGCACGUUGUUUUCAACACAUACAAGAAUCUCUUUUCACACAGUAAUGAGCAUGAAGAAGCAGGUCAACAUAGCUUGAAAUUCAAAGUUGAUGAUGAAUCGACACAUGGAAUUCUAGCGAAAGCCCUCUUGAGAACAAUCCAAGAUAUAGAUUCAGAGUUUUCCCAGGAAGCUUUGAAGAAUGACUACAUUUCUGGAUCAACUGCAAUAGUCGUUCUUUGGAUGAAUGGGCAGAUAUUAGUUGGUAACUUGGGUGAUUCAAAAGCACUCUUGUGCUCGAGGAAAACUCAUUUUGAUCAGGACAGUGAAGGUGAAUUGUUGACAAGACUUCAAGCUGAGGAACUAACAAGGGAUCACUAUCCCGAUAGGGAUGAUGAAAAGGCUAGAAUUGAAGCAGCUGGUGGGGUUGUCCUUCUUGUUGGCGUGCCUCGUGUCAAUGGUAUAUUAGCCGUCUCACGAUCUAUUGGAGAUAUUCGUCUGAAAAGGUAUGGAAUUGUUGCUGAACCAGAGGUCACGGGUUGGAGACGUUUGUCAACUGAAGACCGGUAUGUGGUGAUAGGAUCUGAUGGCAUAUAUGAGAGAACGAGUCCCCAGGAUGUCUGUAAUAUUUUGCACGAGACAUCCAUCGACUCGUCCUCCUGUCCAUCAUCAUCCUCUUUAGCAGACUGCAUUGUCCACAAUGCAUUUAGUAAAGGUAGCAGUGAUAACUUGUCUGUUAUUGUGAUUCCAUUGAGACAGAUAUCCCCUUCCCUGGAACACAAAGAACAGAUAUAAACUGUUCUUCAUUCAAGUAUUCCUUGCAAGUUGCAAAGAUGGUUGAGUAAUGAUUUAUUACUUACUUCAAGGGGAUUCAUAUGCGAGGGUGCUAACUACCCAAAUGUAUAAGCGUGAAAAACAGGCAACAAUCUCUUAAAUGAUAAAAAAUUGUGUUAUUAUAUUAACUGAAUACGUAAAUUCAAGAUGAUUGGCAUAUUUCUCGA